AUGGCUACCACUGAGGCCCCUGUCCCUUCUGGGCACUUCACCCAGAUCAAAGAGCAGAAGUUGAAGACUGGAGACCUAGAGGAGGAAAAGGAGGAGGGUGGGGUCCAACGAGUGGAAGCCCAGGAGGAGGCUGUGACGGAGGCAGAGGCGGAGGACAGCUGCCUGCAGCUGGAUACCUUACCCCAGGAGCUGCCUUCAAGGGUGGAGAGUGACAGGCGGAUCCUGACCCUGCAAGCCGUGCACCUGGCGUCCCAGGAUCUGCACCUCCAGGGGCUGGCAUGGCUGAGCGUGACGCACUCCGAGGAGCUUCCAGAGACCGUGCCACAGGCGGAAGGCAUACUGCAGUUGCCAUCCGUGCUGUGGUUCGACCCAGAGCCCCAUCUCAGCCUUCAGCACUGCGUGACGGUCAGCAUCCCUGAAGAGCUGUACCCACCAGAGGAGCUGGAGCUGAUGCAUUUCCACCUGCUGAGAGAGAACGUGCCCGAGGCUGAGGAGGACCAGGAGUUAACGCCAGACUUGGACGAAAGCACAGCCCUGAAGAAGCCCGAAGAAGAUGAAAAGGACCAGCUCCCGCCCCAGGGAGGGACAGACAAGAAAGAAGAGAGAUUCCUCUUUGUGGAAAUGGAACCAAAAGAAGGGAAAGACGACAUCGUUCUGACCAUUUCCCGGCUAAGCCUAGAAGAAGAACCGCAAGAUCCGCCCGAGGCAAAGCAGACGAAUGUGCCGCAGAGAGCCAAAGCCUCGAAACCAAAACCACGAAGGCAGAGCAAGGGAGAACCUCGCACCUUCAAGUGCGACAGCUGCCCGUUCGCUUCUUCCAAACUCUCAACUUUCAAUCGUCACAUCAAGAUCCACAGCGACGAGAGGCCACACCUGUGCCACCUGUGCCUGAAGGCCUUCCGGACCGUCACUCUCCUCAGAAACCACCUCAACACCCACACAGGAACCAGACCCUACAAGUGCGAGGACUGUGACAUGGCGUUUGUCACCAGUGGAGAACUCGUCCGGCACAGGCGUUACAAACACACUCAUGAGAAGCCCUUCAAGUGCUCCCUGUGCAAGUAUGCCAGCGUCGAGGCAAGCAAGCUGAAGCGACACAUCCGCUCACACACGGGCGAACGCCCCUUCCAGUGUCACCAGUGUGAUUACGCCAGCAGGGACACCUACAAGCUGAAGCGCCACAUGCGGACACACUCAGGUGAGAAGCCGUAUGAAUGUCCCACCUGUCACUCCCGGUUCACCCAGAGUGGGACCAUGAAAAUCCAUAUGUCGCAGAAGCAUGGCGAGAAUGUGCCCAAACAUGAGUGUCCCCACUGUGCCACCAUCAUUGCGAGGAAGAGCGACCUGCGUGUCCAUCUGCGCAACCUGCACAGCCACAGCCCCGAGGAGGUCAAGUGCAGGUACUGCCCCGCCGGCUUCCACGAGCGCUAUGCCCUCCUCCAGCACCAGAGGACGCACAAGAACGAGAAGAAGUUCAAGUGCAAACAGUGCGAUUACGCGUGCAAGCAGGAGCGAUGCCUGACGGCGCACAUGCGCACGCACACGGGAGAGAAGCCCUUCUCCUGCCCGACCUGCAACAAACACUUCCGACAGAAGCAGCUGCUUACCGUGCACCUGAGGAAGUACCACGACCCCAGCUUUGUCUCCAGCGUGCACCUCUGCCUCAAGUGUGACAAAGGUUUCUCCCGCUGGAGUAACCUUCAGAGACACAGAAAGAAGUGUGACCCAGAGCCAGUGAUGAGGACACAGGCCUCGGAGGGAGGAGCAGGACGUGACGACGAUAUUGUCAUCCAGGAGAGUGCCACCUCAGGGGAGCAGGCUCCCGGCCACCAAGGAGAAAGUGCAAUGGGGAACCAGAGCCCGGACCAAGGCCUGACCUGCGAGAUGAUCUUUAACAUGAUGGAUAAGUGA